AAAGAAAAUAGUAAAAAAAGAAAAGAAAAAGGUAACUUGAGUUGAGGUUCAUCAAUCAUCACCGACGGAGCAUACUCCGGAUCUUUGACAUAGUACAAGGUUUUAUAGAUAACAUAGAAUCACAUGAAAACCCAAUCACAAUCUUAAUACAUGUCUCAUUCACAAAAUGAACAACAUAAGGACCAUGCUAGAUGGAACUAGAAGGGAUGAUGGUAAACAAAAAAGAGCAAAAUCCAACAAUGAAAAAGACUAUGAAGAAGAUCUCAUAAACCAAUUACCAGAAGGAAUCUCUAUAGCCAUUUUAUCAAAAUUACCAAUAAAUGAAGCUGCUAGAACAAGCAUCCUCUCAAAAAAAUGGAAAAAUCUAUGGACUUAUUUUUCAGGUACCUUAGAAUUUGAAGGUUCACCUAUUAUGAAAGACAUGAAAAAAGAUAUGAAGAAAAUCACAGGAAGACAUUUACAAAUGGCAAUGGAAAUUAUGUAUGAUGCUGAAAGACAAACAUAUACAAGGUGGAUCAAUGAAUUGUUAGCUUCACUAAAAUGUUCAUCUCUACAAGGAUUGAAGUUUUGGUUUCCAAUGAAAAGUGUGAGUGAUAUUGAUAAGUGGAUUCAUUUUGCAGUUCAAAAAAAGGUUCAAAAGCUUGAGUUGUAUUUUGGUCAUUCAAUUGAUUAUGUUAUUCCAUUGGACUUGUUUAAGGUGGAAAGAUUUAAUUCGUUACGUAUUUUGCGUAUGAAAUCGAUCACUGUGACCGAAGAGAUGCUAGAGUAUUUACUGUGUAACUGUCAACUACUUGAAACAUUGAAUUUGGUUGAUUCAGAAGUUCCAAAAACUAUGAAGGUUUCAGGUUCAUCAUUGAAGUUGAAAUGCUUAGAGUUGGUAAGAUGUUGGGAAUUGACAAAAGUUGAAAUUUUUGCUGAGAAAUUAGUGUCAUUCAAAUACUAUGGAUCACAUUUGGAGACAGAAUUCAAGACUGUUCCAAGCCUUGUGGAAGCAUCUUUUGGAGGAUCAUUUGUGGAGUUUGUUAGACAAAGCUUUAUGUUACAAAUAAAAGUGCUUAAAUUGGAUAUCACACAAAACUCACCCGAUGUGAUUUAUUGGUUAAGUCAACUUCCCAAGUUAAAAAAUCUCAAGCAUUUGGAGUUGGUUGCUUGUGUUGAUGAUGGCAUAACACUUGGUGCUUGUGUUAUGUUAUUGAGAGCAUCACCUUCACUAUGGAGGUUCACAAUCAAGAUGGUAAAUACCAAUCCCACUUUUAGAACGCUACGCAAAGUUACAAUGGAAUGUCAAUAUAGUCUUAAGGAGUUAGAAUUGGUUGGAUUUUGUGGAGCAGCAUGUGAAGUUGAAUUAGUUAUGCACAUUCUUGAGAAUGCAGUUGAACUUCAGAAGAUAACUAUUGAUACAAGGUUACCAACUAAACCGAAAUUAAGGCCACUGGUCGAGGAGCACUUCAAAACUUGGAAUCAUGAGGAAAACAGAAAGCAUGCUCUGCGACUAAAGGACAAAAUACCACCUCGGAUUGAAUUUGUUUGUCUUUGACUAUAUAUGAUUACCUCUUGUAGAAAGAUGCAUGUAAAUUUCAUUCAGAGUUACGAGACAAGUACUCCCUAAUUAUUUAUUUACUUUUUAAGAUAUAAUAUGGAUUGCAGACUGUUAAGAACAUUAUAAAAUGAAUGUUGAGAAGAGUACCUUAAAAUGAAUUUGCUUGCCAUCAAUUUCAUUGUUAAAUACAUCAAAGACCUUUCUCAAAUUACAAUCCAAUUCCUAAAAAAACAUAACUAAAAUAA